GGGCGAAUAUAAUACAUUUCGAGUUGACUCCUCUUUUUUUUAAUUGGUUUUCAGAAAAUUCAAGUAAAUUCUAAGGGGUAUGAUAAUGAAAAGCAUCGCACUAAAAAAUUUAAAAAUUUGUAUCGAAUAAAAACUGGAAUUAAUCGUGAACUACAGCCAACUAUUAGGUUUGCCAGCCCUGUAAGCUAACAUCUGCUGACAGUGGUUUUACAGAAGCAGUAACAUAAACAUUGUAUCCACUCAAACCAAAGAACAAAUGUAAAGAACAACAAAUACCGAACUAAAAUGUCAAGGAAUAAAUUGUCAAUACAAAAGUAGUAAUGUGAAUAUUUAUUGUUGAAAUUCAAAAGCAACCAAUUACUUCUAAAACGAUAACAGCAAACCGACUGUCAAUGUAUACGCCAGUUGAUAACGCUAUCCACGCGUCGCCAACUGUGCAGUCAAUAAAAACUUAGUGGAAUUGCCAAACAAAAUUAUUUUGUUCAUGCAAAGAGCUACGCAAUUUCAGGUCAACGAGCUAAAUAUUCAAUUUCGGAAUCUCGUUGGUCCAUAAGCGCCGCUUAGCCAGGGAUGCUGUUGUCAACGUCAGCUGUGCUAAUUUGAGUGUGUGUUACAGAGAUAGAGAGAGAGAUAUACAGCGAGCGCGAGCGCGGAGUAGAGAGCGAAGAGAGCUGUCGCAUCCAGGCACCAGAAACAAUCGUCGCCAGUUACCCGUAGCCCGUUGCCCAGUUAGGCUAGAAGCAUGCGCUUUAAUAGAUCGGAGCUGGCUAGCUUGGCAACCAAUACCUUAACCAGAUUCGACAAAGAGGGUCUGCUAAUUCUAACAGAGCGCCAGGAAAGUAUUUUCUGGCGCACCGAUGUUAAGCUGGAAUGCUGGUGCAAGUUGCGUGGAAAUUUACUUUUCUAUCUGAAGGACAAGAAUCCAAGAUCUUCAGUUGCUGGCGUUUUGGUGCUGGAGAACUGUCGCCCGUGCAUACAUCAUGAGGAGCCCGAACCGGAUGGCUAUGUGUUCGAUCUAGACUUUAAGGAUAGCCCAUCGCAACGCAUCGUCACGCACAGCGCGGCGGAACGGCUUGAUUGGGUGCGCUGCAUAGAGGCGUGCUCCAAUCAUCAGAUCGACUUGCAAAUCAAACAGCUGGAGGAUCAGAUUGCUGCAGCCACCGCAGUCAAGCGCUCCAACUCAACCAUAAUGGGCAAUCGCAUCGAUCAGGGCCUGCCAUUGCCAGCAACAAUCUGCCACGAUUCGUGGCCAGCGUCGGCAGCAAUCGCCACAGUCGAGGCGGCCUUUGAAGAUCCGGAGCUCUCAGAGCUGCCCAUCUGCGAGACGGCAAUCUCCUGUGAUAGCCUGCCCCUGGACAGUUUCGGGCGAGCGCCGAAUCCGCGUGUCAUCUGCUCGGUGCUGCAGCCGGGCGAGGAUUACCUAUGGAGCCAGCAUGCGCGCACCGAGCUGCUGGAGCGCACGCGUGCGCCCAGCUUUCUGUGCACGAUGCGCUUCUUGCGCAGCGCCGGCUUCCAGGCAUCGACGCGUCUGCGUUUCACUGUGCACGACGUGCGGGAGCGCGUCUCGCUGACAUCGCUGCCAUUGGGCCAUGCGGAGGUGGCGCUGGGCGUGAUACAGGACACGACACGGCUACGCUUGCCGCUCUGCAGCCCAAGCGGCGAGUGUGGCUCGAUAACGCUGUCCUCCUGGGCACCAGAAGCGGCCAUCGAAAUGACUCCAGCCAGCGGCCUGGACAGAGCCGUGAAUGGCCUGACGCAGCCAACGCAGCCGCCACGCUCUAGCACCCAGUUCUUCCAGCAGGCAACAGACUGCAACGUGAGGCACAAGGGUCAUCGACGCACUCAAUCGCUGCCGCCGAAGCUCGGCGUGCGCCUGUUUGUGCCCCAGCAGUGUGGAGUCGGACGCGUUUGUGCCAAUCCCAGCCAGCACUCGUAUCGUCUGCAAUCGUCGCUGGGCGCUGACAUCAGCGUGCUGGAGACGCUGCUGGAAUCGCGUCUAUGCUGCGCAGUGCCACAGCAACUGCUCUCGAUUUGGAUACAGCGGGAGAAGGAGCUGCUGCAGGAGAUCUCCGGCAUGGGUGAGCUGAGCGGCGAGUGGCGUUGGCGCCAAAUGAAUCUGCUCGAGGAGCAUUUGCGCCUGCUCAAGGACUACUCCCAGGCCAAGCAGAACAUCCAGCAGCUGAUGCGCGACGGCAUCUACUACAAGCGCUCGUCGGCCAAAACGGACGAGGCGCUCGAGUUUCUGCCCGUCAACCUGCACGUGCAGCGCAUGUGGGCCCAAAAUGAUGCACUGCAGCGUCGUGGCGUACUCGACAUUGUCACCGUGGGCGCAUUCACACGCCACGAUGCCAAAGGCCGCAAGUGCGGCGGCCUCAUCAAGCUGCUGCAGGAGAGCAAGGCCUGGAAGCUGGAGCAGAGCAACGCCUGCAAGGUGCAGGCGGCCAACGAUGCUGUCCAGGCGACCAAGCAGCUGCGCAAGGAAAUCGUGGAGCUGAUGUCGCAGCUGCUGCAGCUGGCGGCGCAGCGCAGUGCCCAGGACAUGAUGCCGCUGUGCAAUGAGAUGAUUAACAAGACGCAGACGCUGCUCAACAUAUGGGAGCCCAGCAUCGUCGAGGAGGCUGUGACGUUCAUAGAGCGACAUCGCAUUAUCGAGGAGCCGGACAACGAGCUAAUGGAGCCGAUGUCGCCGUUCCGCAAGAUAACGCAGCAGCUGAGCGCGCUGGAGCUAAAGUCGCCGGAGCUGGAGGACUUCGCUACGCCCGUUGUGGCGCCGCCGGACUUGUGGCCGCGCGGCGUCCAGCCGCUGAUGCGCUCCAACAGCUGGCAUCCGAGCAACACGUCGCCCUCGAGCUCGCUGGACAUCAACGCGAUUGACUCGCUGCAGAACGUGGUCAAGUGCUACAAUGCGCACCUGCGGAGCCUCGAGCAGCAGCAGCAGCAGCAGCAGCAGCGGCAACGGCAGCGUCAGCAACAGUCGGCAGCAGUGCCACAGCCUCCAAGUGAGCUGUCGGACGAAGCCACAUAUCAAUCACUGCCGCCCAACUGGGAUGGCGUUGCUGCCACAUCGUCAUCAUCGUCGACAGCGCCGCUGCAGCUGAUCGAUCUGGAUGAGUUGGUGAAGGCAGUGCGAAAGCGACCAUUGACGGCCAGCUUUCUGGACACGAAGCUGAUGAGCUCGUCGCCGUCGGCGAACUAUUAUCGGCCCACGGAGGAGCCGGAGCCACUGGAUCUUACCCAGCUGAAUAUCGAGGCCAGUGUCAUGUGCCUGGUCAGCAAGCUGAAGUUCUUCUGCGGCCGCUGCGACAGUCCCGCCAUACGGUUGCGUCAUCCCAAGGUGCCGCUGAAGCGCGAAGGCUUCGCCGUGGCGCCGCAGCAGGCGCCCGAUGUGAUAGCGGCGCCUAUGGAGCCGACCCAGCAGCUCAAACUUGAUCUGGCGCCAGGUCCACCAGCCGCACCGCCACCACCAACUGCACCGCCCAAAAAGGGCAACAAGUUCACCGACGGCCUGGAUCUAUCGCUUACCACCGACUGGGUGGCUGAGCUGCGUCCCAGCAUGCGCAAGCUGCGCCAUGCCAUGGACCGUCUGCUAAAGACGGCGCGCCUCAUGCACUCCGUGCAGCGUCUGCAGCAGGACGUGCGCUGCAACCGCCUCCAGGCGAGCAUCAUGUACCGACGCGAUGUUUGCUUCUCGCAGGCGUUGACGGCGUUGGUGAGCGCUUUGAUGCUUCGGCUGUGGGGCAGCGAGCUGGAUGGGGCAUAUAUGUCGCUGCUGCGCGAGCUGGGGCCGCUGGCGUACUUCGAGGGGCUGCUGUCGCUGUAUGGCGCUGAGACGGACAUGUGGAGCGACAUGUGCAUCGCUAUUGAGGAUUUGUCGGCGGUCAGUUUUACGCUGGUGCCGGCCGCACAGGACGAGGUGCAGCCCGUGCCGCGUAUAACGGGCUCGCGGCAGGCACUGGAGGUGCUGCUGCCAGUGCCGGAGCACGUGCUGCCCACGAGUGGCCGCAACACGGUUAGCUUCAAAAUCACGCCCGUCUUCUUCAACAUUGGCAUCAAUGAGAAGGCCUCGUUGGGGCACACGCACGAGCAGCAUCGCUCCAAUCUGGACAACUUUCUGCGGCUGAGCCAGUACUUCAGUCGUUACCGCAAGCUGGGGCUAAAUGCGACAUGCGCUGCCGAUGCGGAUGCCAGCGUCUCGGAGUGGGAUGCUCUACAGUCGCUGCUCGGCUAUAUGGAGCAGCAGUUGCGCGCCAAUGCGUCGAAGAAUGUGAAGAUUCUGCACCUGGCCGAGGAUGCGUGUCGCCUGAUGGGCGGACUACGCUUUACAUCCUGCAAGAGUGCCAAGGAUCGCACCGGCAUGGCCGUCACACUGGAGCAAUGUCGUGUCCUGGUCCGCGAAUUCCAGCUGCCCGCCAAGCAGGUGCCCUACGCACUCAGCACCAUGCGCAGCGAGGGCACCCGCAUGGACAACGUCUUUAAGAAUAUUGGCAAGCACAAAUACGCUUUUAAUCUGCCUCAGGUGAUUAUGCUGCCGGCCAUGUAUAGGCCCCCAGUGGGCGCCUACGGCAAGGCCCAGACCUAAGGCACCUACAAAUCACUUCGUUAC